AUGCCUUUCCUUGAUGCCGUCCUCGGCUUCGCUGCCGACCACAAACUCGCUGUCUUUGUGCUGGGCCCGGCGCUGGCAAUAUUUGCAUACGUAGUCUAUCAGCUCUAUCUAUCGCCCUUGGCCAAGAUUCCUGGCCCGUUCUCUGCGAAACUUUCGCGGCUAUGGAUCACCAAACAUUCCUGGGACGGUGAUAUGCAUCGGACCGUCAUUGAGCUCCACAACAAGCACGGGAACCUGGUUCGCACUGGCCCAAAUGAAGUGAGCGUGGCCGACCUCUCGGCCAUCAAGAAAAUCUACGGUGCUGGAACCAAGUUCCAGAAGUCCGAGUGGUACGGUGUCUGGCAGGGACGAAGGAAAUUCGACCUUUUCGCCGGCCGUGAUGAAGCAAUCCAUGGCCAGCACCGCCGUCUCGUCGCCAGAGCGUAUUCAAUGGAUGCCCUCAAGGAUCUCGAACAGUACGUCGAUGAGUCCAUCAAGGUCUUCAUGCAGAACAUGAACGAAAGGGCCGGCAAACCUAUGAAUAUGGGCAACUGGGUCCAGCUCUUUGCUUUUGACAUUAUCGGAGAAAUCACCUUUAGCAAGCGCUUCGGCUUCAUGGACGUUGGUGCAGAUGAUGGCUCGUUCCAAGCCAUCGAGAUGGCUCUGCGCUCAGCUGCUUGGCUUGGUCAAGUACCAUGGAUUUUCUGGCUUCACGACUACCUUUCGCCUUACAUCGGCAACUAUCUGGGUAUUACUGCUCGCAAUGGUUCACUGCGUCAGUUCGCUUUGCGCGAAACCGAAGCUCGUAAGGACCGCGGCAGCGACCGGAAGGAUAUCCUGAGCAAGCUCUUCGCUGUCCACAAAGAACGCCCUGUCGAUUUCGACUACAGCGAUCUCGUCUCCAUGGCCAGCUCCAACAUCUUUGCUGGAAGUGAUACCACGGCCAUCUCGACCCGCGCAAUCAUCUACUACCUGCUAAAGAACCCUGAGUGCAAGCAGAGGCUCGUCGACGAGAUCAACCAGUUCCGCAGCCAGGGCAAGAUCAGUGACCCCGUCACCCUGGAUGAGGCAAACAACAUGCCCUAUCUGCAAGCUAUCAUGUACGAGGCUCUCCGCUGUCAUCCGGCCGUGGGGAUGAGCCUUCCGCGCGUCGUUCCUCCCGGAGGUACCGAGAUUGACGGCACGUACCUGCCUGCAGGUACUGUCGUUGGAGUGAAUCCAUGGGUCGUACACCGCAACAAGGAAGUCUAUGGAGAUGAUGUCGAGGCUUUCCGACCUGAAAGAUGGUUGAAAGAUAAUACUGGUGAUAUGCACCGGUUCUUCUUCGCUUUUGGCUCGGGUGCUAGGACUUGCAUUGGCCGGAACAUUAGUUGGAUGGAGAUGUCCAAGCUUAUACCAACUCUCUUCAUGCAUUAUGAUUUGCAGUUUGUAGACCCUGAGUCACAGUGGACAGAGACCUGCUGGUGGUUUGUGAUGCAACAGGGUAUCAACGUAGUUCUGCGGCCCCGAUACUAA